AUGUCUUCCAAGAUUCUCUUUCUCUCUGCUCUUGUAGCCUUUGUCGAAGCCCGGUUUGGCCAGGAGCAGGUUCCUGUUGCCGCCAUAUCGGCCCUCACCAACCGCGGCAAAGCUGGCGAUGCUGGAACGCUCUCCGGACAGGUUCCGGGCGUCCUCCUAGCUGGUGCCAAUGCCUGUGCAAAGCUCACACUUGCCGACAAUAUCGUUUCCACGCUUGGAAGUACUUCUGACGUCUUAUCCGCUGCUGCCGGACUCGUUGCUGCCGAGAAAAAUUUCAAUCCUUUUGUCGUGUCUGUGCCUUCGUUGUGCUCAGAUCCCACCCUGCCGACCACAGCUGCUCUGCGUGGCAUUGUGCCUUUGGUGGACCCAUCAGUUGGCGGUGCUGAUACCGAGAACGCAAAGUCGAAAACGUCGCUGACGACGCCGUUUAGUGCUGAUGGCAAAAGUGUCGCCGAUGUUGCUUCUGCCAACGGCUUCACAAACUUUACUUCCCAGGGCACCGACGGUUCGACGUCCAGUGCAUCCUCAGCAACUGCCCCAUCGAACGUGGGCAGCAGCGGAUCAUCCUCAUCGUCGACGGCUGCAUCUGCGGCCACCAAUUCAUCAUCUUCUGCAACGGCUUCUUCGGCGUCUUCGUCUUCGACAUCUAUCUCCUCUUCUGUUGCAUCUUCCAAUUCCAGCAGCACUGGAGCUACCGUAAACGGCGUCCAGCAAUCGUCAAUCUCCGGACUGGACUUUGGCCUCUGCGUUCCGACAAUGAAGUUCGAGGCAGGUCUCAAUGGCCGUAAAGAUACCGAAUCUACCUUCCAGGCGAUCGACUCGCUCGUCAACAAGGGCCAGCAGGAGGCUCUGAACCCCAACAUUAUUACGAACCGGAUUUGUGACCAGCUGACCAACGUGUGCAAUGCCAACCAGGCUGCCAAAGAUGCGUGCGCGGCUGCGAAGACGAAAAUCUCGUCGCUUGGUACCAAGGAUGUGACCACAGCCGAUGCCUGGAAUACGGCAUUGGGAUUUGCCGGAACCAACACCAACCCAGAUAACGCGCCUCAGACUGGAUUGGUGGGCCACUCAUAG